AUGUCUCUCGAACCGCCCACCUACCUCAGCUCUCUGCAGAAUAACAUUCGCGCCCGACCAAUUCCAUGGGAAGGUGCCGUGCGAGCCGGCAACAUCACCGAUGAACAUCUACGGAAGAUAAAAGCAGUUGACAAGGUGCGGAAGGAACAGCGUCAGCAGACAGUCGAAACGGAUUUGAAGGGGUAUGCAACCCUCCUUGCAGGCGGUCCAGAUGAGAAGAGCGUCCUUGAGUCAGCGUCCAAACGUACCGAUAUAGUGCAAUAUAUUCUGGUUCUGUCGGCCGAUCUUAUUAAUGAUGUGCCGUCACUCGCCUUGGCUCUGAUUGAGCAUCCCCAGCCUUACAAGCCGUUCUUACCCCUCUUGCGUCAUUCCACCAACCCUGAGGACCCUAUACCCCUUCUUACAUCCUCCUUCUUGACUGCCUUGGUGUCCACGGCGCUUACUUCCUCAUCUCAGACAUCCAGUUGCGAAGAAGAGGCCUUACCACAACUCUAUUCGUACCUAUCCGUCUUGACGAAGAACCAAGAUAGCGGGCUUCAAGAUAUUGGGGUGCAAGGGUUCUCGUCCCUUCUCUGUAACAAAAAGGCGAGAGAGCUGUUCUGGAAACAGCGCCAAGAAACAGUCAUCACUCUCGUAGAAAUCCUUCGUACAGCCGCAGGCGGGAAAGAUACCGGGUCAAGUACCUUAGCGGGCUCAGCAGCCACGAGCAGCAUCCGAAAUGCCGACGUAAGUGUUGGAGGCGGCGUUGGGCUACAACUUUUAUACCAUGUGCUACUGGUUAUUUGGCAACUCAGCUUCGAGGGUGACCUCGUGGGCGAUGAAUUGCAAUCGGAACAUGACAUUAUCGAAUUAUACACACAGCUUCUGCGGCUGUCUCCCAAAGAGAAAACAACUCGCCUUCUUCUCGCUACGUUAAAUAACCUCUUGACGGCGAACCGCACAACGCUUCUGCCGGUGGCGGUGAUUGUCCGGCUCCCCAGUUUGCUAUCAAACUUAAGCGGCCGUCACCUGACCGAUCCAGACCUUCUUGAAGACCUCAACUCUCUGUCCGAAAUGCUGGAGGAGUAUACAAAGACGCAAACUACGUUCGACCAGUAUGCUGCCGAAGUGCAGUCUGGACAUCUGCGAUGGUCGCCUCCACAUCGUAAUCCGACAUUCUGGCGCGAGAAUGCUCACCGGAUUCUCGAGGAAGAGCGCGGAGCCUUGCCCAGAAAAUUGGCCGAGAUUCUGUCUAAGAGCUGGGAUAAUGACAAGCAGGUGCUGGCAAUUGCAUGCAACGACGUUGGGAGCCUUGUCAAAGAAGUACCCGAGCGACGGAACCAACUAGAGAAACUAGGCUUGAAAGCCAGGGUUAUGGAACUGAUGACUGACCGAGACGAAACGGUGCGGUGGGAAAGCUUGCGUGCUGUGGGAGAAUGGCUUCGAUACACCUUUAACUGA